GUGCACCGUGCCUUUGCAGGCGGGGAUGGAGCUGGACUCUGACCUGCCAGGAGAGCAGCCAGGCUCUGGAGGGGUGCGGGGACCUUUGAGCUCUGCCAGCCUGGUUAUCUCUUGAUCCCUAAAUGCAGCUCUUUGUGCCCAGCCUGGAGAAAGUGAGAAAGUGUGGGGUGGAGCUUAGUUGUUCUCUGCCACCACCUUGCCGUGGUAUGUGACAGGCAGACAUGACAUGGGGUGACAUGCUGCCAGCAUUCUGGGGUGGUUGGGUGUUGCUGGGUGUCACAGCCUUUCUCCUGCUGCUGGGAUAAAGCUGCUCCUGGGGAGGGAAUCCCAUCAUCCUCCCCAGCAGGUGCUCAGAACCUCACUACCCACUGCAAGCCUGCCUGGGGCAGGGAUAUGUCCCCCAGCCAGCCAGGAGCUGGUUGUCCACAUAGCAGGAUGACCGCUCCUCUCUUUUCCCUAUCCGUGAUGGAGACGUAGCCCUGUGCCCUGAACCCUGUAGCCUGACAAGCAGAGCCCCCCCGGAUGCAGGCGGUGACAGCAGCAUUGGAAGCCAGGAGGGAGCAGAGUCCUAAGCCACAGGGCGAGGGGAUGCAGGAUGACCCAUCAUCCCGCUGGAGUGAAGAAGGGCUGGGCUGUGCCCGGGGGGCGGGAUAUUCGGGGCGGAGGCGACAGCCGGGCAGGUAGGGCGUCCCCGGAGGGCUGGGUCGGGCGCGGCCGGAGGCGGGCGCGGUGACACCGGCACCGCGGGCACCGGCGGGGGCAGAGCACCGGGGACAGCCCGGGGCGCAGCGGGAGCGGCACCUUCGGGGGCGGCGCGGUGCCCCGCAGCCGGUACGCGAUGCGUGCGGGCGGGGAAGCCCCGCACCAGGUGCUGGGCCGGCUGCGGUUCCUGCUGCAGUGCAGCGAGUGCUUCCGCCGGGCCCGGGCGCUGCCCGCCGCCCUCUGCUACGUGCCGCGGGAGGUGCAGUACAAGAUCUGCAAGGACCCCGCCGCCGCCGCCGCCGCCGCCCGCAGCCUGCUCAGCGUGUGGGACAGCCCGGGGCCGGCGCGGGGCGGCAAGCGGGCGGCGAGGGCCACCAUCGAGGUGCGGAAGGGCGGCUGCCUCCGCGCCACCGGCGAGGAGUACUGCAACGGCGCCGGGCUCUGGGUCAAGCUCAGCAAGGAGCAGCUGGAGGAGUACACGGGCAACCAUGACCUGGCUGAGGGCUGGCUCCUGGCGCAGAGGUUUGGAGAGGGAGGAGAUAAGUUGGUGCGGGUUGAGUCCGUGGAGAAGAUCCAGUGGCAGCACCAAACGCUCGGGGUGGAUUAUAAACCCGCGGUCAGCUGGGAACAAGUGGUGGACCUGACGUACUCCAUGCGCCUGGGAGAGAAGCCGAUACUCACAGAGCAGGAUGAGACCGCUGUGCAGAAGUUUCGGUCUGUGCCCCCUGGAUGGAGCUACGACCACGACAUGGAGCUGGGGCGCUUCCUGUACGAUCACAAGAAGAGGGAGCUGCAGCGCGAGGACUGCACCAAGGAGCACCUCAGCAGCAUCGAGGUCUCCUCGCAGGUGGAGGACUGUGGCGCGGCCCAUCUGAUCGACAACCAGACAUACACCUCCUGGGAGAGCAACGGGCCCCCGGGGCAGCACUGGGUGCGGCUCAACAUGAAGAAAGGCACCAUUGUCGAGAGGCUGUGGCUGAUGCUGGAUGGGCAGGCCAGCUCUUACAUACCCAGGCGAGUGGCUGUGUACGGUGGGGCACCGAACAGGCUGCAGCACCUGAGAACCGUCCUUAUUAAUGAGAACAGCUUCCAGGAUGUCUGCAUCCUCCGUGACAUGAAGACCCACCUGCCGGUGCUGGAGAUCCGCAUCCUGGAGUGCCGGGACCAAGGGUACAACGUCCGCCUGCGAGGGAUUAAGAUCAGGUCCUUCUGGGAGUGGGACCUCAUCCUCAACGCUGACAUGUUCCAGCCAGCCCGGCUGGUGCGCUACCCUCUCCUGGAAGGGGUGGAUGCCGAUGUGCUGUACCGGCGGGCCGUGCUCAUCCAGAGGUUCGUCCAGCUCCUGGACAGUGUCCUGCAUUACCUGAUCCCCCUCCCUGAGGACAGCAUCGGCACCUUCGAUGCACUCAGGAGCAUGAAGCCGUUCCUGCUGCUGUCCAAGCAGAGCGCAGCCCUCAUCACCCACUGUCUCCGGUCCUCGGAGACCACCCCCCCUCACACCCUGCCAAAGCUGUACAUCAACCGGCACCUGGCCUGGGAGCACCGUGCUAACCCCGCGCUGGACCCCAGCUGCAGGAACGCCGUCUUCACCCAGCUGUACGAAAGCCUCAGAUCUUCCAAGAGCAAUCAGCCCCUGGACUACAGGUGGCCCCUGAGCUACAGCCAGUGGUGGGAGUGUGAGUUCAUCACCGAGGGCAUCGUCGACAACGGCGGUGGUUUUCGGGACAGCCUGUUGGACGUGUCGGAGGAGCUGUGUCCCAGUUCAGGCGAUGUCCCUGUGCCUCUGCCCUUCUUCGUGCGCACCUCCAACCAGGGUAACAGCAGCAGUGAUGCCAGGGACAUGUACGUCCCCAACCCCUCCUGCAAGGACUUCCCCAAGUACGAGUGGAUCGGGCAGCUGAUGGGAGCAGCCCUGAGGAGCAAGGAGUUUCUGAUCCUGUCCCUGCCGGCGCUGGUGUGGAAGCAGCUGGCAGGGGAGGAGGUCAGCUGGAGCAAGGACUUCGCCACCGUGGACUCGGAGCUGGUGAAGCUGCUGGAGCUGCUGGAGGGGGUGGAUAGGGAAGCCUUCGAGUUCAUGUUUGGCAGAGAGCUGACCUACACGACGGUGCUCAGUGACCAGCGCAUGGUGGAGCUGAUCCCCAAGGGCAGCGGCACCGUGGUGCGCUACGAGGACCGCAAAGAGUUCAUCCGGCUGGUGCAGAGGGCUCGGAUGGAGGAGAGCAAGGAGCAGAUCGCGGCCAUGCGUGCUGGGCUGCUCCGUGUGGUGCCCCAGCCUGUGCUGGACCUGCUCACCUGGCAGCAGCUGGAGAAGGUGGUCUGUGGGGACCCCGAGAUCACGGUGGCCGAACUGCGGAAGUUCAUCACAUUCGAGGACUUUUCUUCCAAUGACAGCCGUGUCCAGAACUUCUUGGAGGCGCUCAACAACUUCACCAGCGAGGAUCUCAGCCGCUUCCUCAAGUUUGUCACUGGCCGGAGCCGCCUCCCGGUUCAGAUCACCGUCUACCCGGAAAGGGAAAACUUGGACGUGUUGGACCUGAUGCCACAGGCCUCCACGUGCUCCGGCACCUUCUUCUUGCCCAACUAUUCCUCGGCCAAGGCCUGCGAGGAGCUGCUGCGCUACGCAGUGUACAACUGCAUGUCCAUCGACACCGACAAGGAACCCUGGGAUGAAUGAAGCCCCCCCUCCCCAGGUGCCCCAUGCUGUGGGAGCUGCCCCCCUCCCUCGGGACACCGGAUUCAAUAAAACUGCAUGGCCAGAUCCUGCCGUCCUGCCCCGGGUCCUGUCUCUGUCUGUGCUUCUCGAGGGAUGGGACUGGAGGGUGCAUGGCCAAUGCUGCAACCUGGGGGGGCCACCAUGGUGCUGUCUGCUGGGUG